UUCCCUGUGCAUUCUCUUGUGUGCUGCUGCGUGGACAUUGCACCACAUUGCAUGCUCCCGUGUUAGCGGAGUUAGCAGAACUUUUAUUCUACGUUUCAUUAUCCUCCACAUCUGCCAUAUCCGGUGGUCCAGGCGCUGCCAUAGUGAAGUCGCACGAUGCCACCGAAAAAAGGAAAAGGAAACAAGAAAAAUCAGGACUGGGAAGAUGACGAACCAGUUGCGGCCGAGUCGAAACCGAGUGCUGGCAAGAAGGCAAACAAGGGCAAACCCAACAACGUUCACGAUUCCGACGAGGAUGUCCCAGCUAAAGCGAGAAAGGCUCCUACUGCUGCCGCCGCUCCGGCUGGGAAGAAAGGCGCAAAGGGUAAGAAGGGCAAGGGGAAGAACGAUGACUGGAGCGAUGAUGAGAACGAUAACAGCGCGAAGGAUUUGGCCUUGAAGGGGGGAGACAGCGGCGAGGAAGAGGAAGUGAAAAUUGCGAGACCUGCCCCGAAAAAGAAACAACCCGCCGCUAAAGGUAAGAAGGGAAAGAAGGAUGAUGAUUGGUCCGAUCGGGAGGAGAAGGUGAUCAGUUUGCAGGGUUCGGAGGAUGACGAAAUUACGACGGCGAUUAGUAGCAAGGCGAACAAGAAGAAGGCUAAGGCUGGAAAGAAAGCGAAGAGAGUUUCUUCCGAAGAAGAGGGAAGUGAAGACGAAAGUGAGGAAGAACCAAUCCCUGUCCCCGUAAAUAGUGGAAAGGCAGCAAAGGCGAAAGAAAUUAAAGGGAAAAAGCCUCAAUCUGAGUCGGAGGAUGAUAGUGAACCGGAAUCAGAACCGGAGCCGGCUCCGGCUCCUGUGGUGGAGGUUAAGGACAUUACUAAGCAUGCGCCUGAAAAGCAAGCAGCAGCGGUUGCAAAGGAAGAUCCCGUGAAGGCACCGGAGCCGGAACUUGUUCCAAUACCCGAACAAGUGCAGCAAGCAGAGCCGGAAGAAGUGGACGAGGAGAAAAAGGAAGACCUAUCAGAAGAACUAGCAGAUAAAGUGAAGGAGCUUGCCGUUGGGGAACCACAAGAGAAGAAGCUGACGCAUAAAGAGAAAAAGAAGCUGAAAAAGCAGGAAGAGUUCCAGAAACAGGUGGAGGCAAUGACACGGAAGGGAGGUCAGGGACAUUCGGACUUGGACAGUAAUUUUACAAUGUCUCAGGCGCAGAAAAGUGGCAAUCAGAGUAAACAUAUGGAUCACGCGGUUGAUAUCAAAAUAGAAAAUUUCACAAUCUCCGCCAAGGGAAACGAUCUUUUCGUGAACGCCAAUCUGCUGAUUGCGAAUGGCCGUCGCUACGGUUUGGUCGGUCCUAAUGGUCACGGUAAAACGACGUUGCUUCGUCACAUUGCGAAUCGUGUUUUUGCUAUUCCGCCCAGCAUCGAUGUGCUGCUUUGCGAGCAGGAAGUCGUGGCUGAUGAAAAUUCCGCGGUGGACACUGUGCUCAAAGCGGACGUGAAGAGGACAGCCCUGCUGAAAGAGUGCAAGGAGCUGGAGGAAGCCAUCGAAACGGGUAAACUAGAGCUCCAAGAUCGUCUUCAGGAAGUGUACAAUGAACUGAAGGCAAUCGGAGCGGAUUCUGCGGAACCAAGAGCGCGUCGUAUUUUAGCUGGUUUGGGUUUUUCACGCGCUAUGCAAAAUCGUCCAACUAAUGCGUUCUCCGGAGGAUGGCGUAUGCGUGUUUCCCUUGCCAGAGCCCUUUUCAUCGAACCGACGCUUCUGCUGCUUGAUGAACCUACGAAUCAUUUAGAUCUGAAUGCCGUCAUUUGGUUGGAUAACUAUUUGCAGACGUGGAAGAAAACGCUUCUCAUUGUUUCUCACGACCAGAGUUUCCUCGAUAAUGUUUGCAACGAAGUUAUUCAUUUGGACAAUAAGAAACUUUAUUACUACAAGGGUAACUAUUCAAUGUUCAAGAAGAUGCAUGUGCAAAAGCGGAAGGAAAUGAUCAAGGAGUAUGAGAAGCAAGAGAAGCGAAUCAAAGAUAUGAAGGCUCACGGUCAAUCGAAGAAGGCAGCUGAGAAAAAGCAGAAGGAGAAUCUGACUCGUAAACAGGAGAAGGGCAAGGGAAAAUCUCAAAAAGUUAACGAAACUGACGAUGGACCUGUUGAGUUGCUUUCCAAGCCAAAGGAUUACAUCGUGAAGUUCAGCUUCCCAGAUCCGCUGCCACUGCAACCACCCAUUCUUGGAUUGCACAAUGUCAACUUCAACUUCCCGAAUAUGAAGCCACUGUUUGCCGGGGUAGAUUUCGGUAUCGACAUGAGCAGUCGUGUGGCCAUCGUGGGUCCCAAUGGAGUGGGAAAAUCUACUUUCCUGAAGCUUCUGGUGGGGGACUUGGAACCACGAACCGGCGAGGUAAGAAGCAAUCAUCGGCUGCGAAUUGGACGAUUCGAUCAGCAUUCGGGCGAACAUUUGACUGCUGAGGAAAGUCCUGCGGAAUAUUUGCAGCGAUUGUUCAAUUUGCCAUACGAGAAAUCCCGUAAAGCGUUGGGAACGUUCGGGUUGGCCAGUCACGCGCACACGAUUAAGAUGAAGGACUUAUCCGGUGGUCAGAAGGCCCGAGUAGCACUGGCAGAGCUAUGUUUGAACGCUCCCGACGUUCUGAUUCUUGAUGAACCGACGAAUAAUUUGGACAUUGAGUCGAUUGAUGCUUUGGCGGAUGCCAUUAACGAAUACAAGGGAGGAGUAAUCAUCGUUUCCCACGACGAGCGACUAAUUCGAGAAACGGAAUGCGCUUUGUACGUUAUUGAGGAUCAAACCAUCAACGAGGUCGAUGGGGGCUUCGAUGAUUACCGGAAGGAAGUUUUGGAUAGUUUGGGAGAAGUCAUCAACAAUCCGAGCAUAUCGGCUAAUGCAGCUGUAGUUCAAUGAAGAGAUUGCCUUGAAUGUUUGUUCUGUGCUUGUUCAUUAUUAUUAUUAUCAUUAUUAGGACUUUUUUGUAUAUUCAAUAAAUUCUAAAAACUAAACUACGAGGGCUCGAUCGAGUUGAGUAAAGCUCUCUGUUGUUUGGUUUUACGAUGAAAGUCA